GCCCGACGUCGGAGGCCAGCGGAGCAACUGCAGAAGCGGACAGUGACAGAGGGAAUGGUGCAGAGAGGCGCCGAAAAGAAGGCGCAGUCCGACCCUCCCAGGGUUAGUGAAUGAGGUUCUGUGCCCGGGCCGGCCUGGGGGCUGUGUGCUUCGGGACCCAGCAUGAGUGCUGGCCCUAGCUGUGAACCCUGUACCAAGCGACCCCGCUGGGGUGCCGCUGCGACUUCUCCGCCAGCCGUCUCGGACGCCCGGAGCUUUCCCGGCAGGCAGAGGCAAGUCCUCGACCCCAAGGACGCUUCCGUGCAGCUCAGGGUUCCACUGCCCUCGCGGGGCUGCGUCCCUGGGCGGGCGGGACCGCGCAGAGGCGGCGCCACCUCUCUUGUGUUCAACCAAAAGACUAUUACCGACUGGAUGGACACUAAAGGAAUCAAGACUGUUGAAUCAGAAAGCUUGCAUAGUAAAGAAAACAACAAUACAAGAGUAGAAUCCAUGAUGAGUUCUAUACAAAAAGAUACUUUUUACCAGUAUAACAAUGAGACAUUAGAAAAUGUUUCUCAGUUGAAUCUUACAAAAUCACCUGUUGAUAAAAGUACACAAUAUUUGAACCAGCAUCAGAUUGCAACCACGUGUAAAUGUCAUAAAGAAGGAAAACAUACAGAGCAGCCUUUUCUAAGUGAACCUCCGACAGUAACUCAGCUACCAGAGCAAUUCAAUAAUGCUAAUGUUCAUCAGUUACCCCACAAUGAUGAUCUUAGUUACACAGAUAGUGAAGAAACUAGAGAUAAUCAACAAUUUUUAAUACCUGUAAAACUUACAAAUGCAAAGCAGUCUAUAGAAGAUGAACUACCAAGUGAAACCACAAGGAACCAGAAGUUCAGCAAGACUUCACAUGCUAUGAAAGAUUGUUUGGGCUGUCAGCAAGAAGAGAUAGAUGUGCCUGAGAGUCCAUUGUCAGAUGUGGGUUCUGAGGACAUGGACACCAGAUCAAAAAAUGUCAACAAAUUAAGUCGGCAGAAAAGAAACCUAGGAAAUUCUGUUACAUUUGAGAAGGAAAGUGAACCUGAGUCACCAAUGGAUGUAGAUAAUUCUAAAAAUAGUUGGCAAAACUCUGAAGCAGAUGAGGAGACAAGUCCAGGUUUUGAUGAGCAGGAAAAUGGCCCUUCCUUCCAAACAACAAAUAAACCUUCAAGAUUUAAUGCAAGAGAAACUGACACUGAAACUAAGAAGCUGUACUCUGUUAAGGGAGGAGAAACAAGAUCAUGUUUCCAGUUUGAAAGUGGGGGAAGCUGCACUGGAAUAAGUGACUUAAAUACUAAACUGCCUGGAGAAACUUCUCGUUUGCCUGCAGAAUGUAGAAAUUCUAAACAGCAUCGACAGAAGGAUUCUAAAAUCACAGCUCAUUUUCCAAGAAUGCCCAAAGCAGAAGAAAAAAGAACAGAACAGUGUGAAAUCAGACAUCAAAGAACAGAAAAGAAGAUUCCUAAGUACGUUCCACCUCAGCUUUCUCCAGAUAAAAAAUGGCUUGGAACGCCUAUUGAAGAGAUGAGAAGAAUGCCUAGGUGUGGAAUGCACCUGCCUCUCUUGAGACCCUCUGCCAACCAUACAGUAACUAUUCGGGUGGAUCUUUUGCGAGCAGGGGAAGUUCCUAAACCUUUUCCAACAUACUAUAAAGAUAUAUGGGAUAACAAGCAUGUUAAAAUGCCUUGUUCAGAACAAAACUUGUACCCAGUGGAAGAUGAGAAUGGUGAGCGAACUGCAGGGAGCCGGUGGGAACUGAUUCAGACCUCACUUCUCAACAAAUUUACAAGGCCUCAAAACCUGAAGGAUGCUAUACUGAAAUACAAUGUGGCAUAUUCUAAGAAAUGGGACUUUACAGCUUUGAUUGAUUUUUGGGAUAAGGUACUUGAAGAAGCAGAAGCUCAACAUCUUUAUCAAUCCAUUUUGCCUGGUAUGGUGAAAAUUGCACUCUGUCUACCUAACAUUUGCACUCAGCCAAUACCUCUGCUGAAGCAGAAGAUGAAUCAUUCCAUCACAAUGUCACAGGAACAGAUUGCCAGUCUUUUAGCUAAUGCUUUUUUCUGCACAUUUCCACGACGAAAUGCUAAGAUGAAGUCAGAGUUUUCCAGUUACCCAGACAUUAACUUCAAUCGGUUGUUUGAAGGACAUUCAUCAAGGAAACCAGAGAAGCUUAAAACACUCCUCUGCUACUUUAGAAGAGUCACAGAAAAAAAACCUACUGGGUUGGUGACAUUUACAAGACAAAGUCUAGAAGAUUUUCCCGAGUGGGAAAGAUAUGAAAAGCCUUUGACACGGUUACAUGUCACUUAUGAAGGUACUAUAGAAGGAAAUGGCCAAGGCAUGCUGCAGGUGGAUUUUGCAAAUCGCUUUGUUGGAGGUGGUGUAACCAGUGCAGGACUUGUGCAGGAAGAAAUUAGAUUUUUAAUUAAUCCUGAGUUGAUUGUAUCACGACUCUUCACUGAGGUGCUGGAUCACAAUGAAUGCCUAAUCAUUACAGGUACUGAACAGUACAGUGAUUACGCAGGCUAUGCAGAGACCUAUCGCUGGGCCCAGAACCAUGAAGACAAGGCUGAGAGGGACGACUGGCAGAGGCGCUGCACAGAAAUUGUUGCCAUUGACGCACUUCACUUCAGACGCUACCUCGAUCAGUUUGUGCCCGAGAAAAUCAGACGUGAGCUUAACAAGGCUUACUGUGGAUUCGUGCGACCUGGAAUUUCCUCAGAGAAUCUUUCUGCAGUGGCUACAGGAAACUGGGGCUGUGGUGCCUUUGGAGGUGAUUCUAGGUUAAAAGCCUUAAUACAAAUACUGGCAGCUGCUGCAACAGAACGUGACGUGGUUUAUUUCACCUUUGGGGAUUCAGAAUUGAUGAAAGACAUUUACAGCAUGCAUGCCUUCCUUACUGAGAGGAAACUAACUGUUGGAGAAGUAUAUAAGCUGUUGCUACGAUAUUACAAUGAAGACUGCAGAAACUGUUCCACCUCUGGACCAGAUACCAAACUUUAUCCCUUCAUCUACCAUGCUGUUGACUGCUGUGCAAAAACUAUCAACCAGUCUGGGAAAAGGACAGGUACCUGAGGAGCUGAGAAAGUAGCACCUUCUUCCACCUCUCUCAAGAAAUUUCCUGUUUGAAUUGUCAG